AUGUACGGGGCGGCGGGGCCCCCGGCGCGAAGUGCCUCGGCGCCUUUGGUCCGCUCGUUGCGGCGGCCGCCACCGCCGACCACGGGGGUGUCUUUUAUGAAUAAUCAAAAGCAGCAAAAGCCAACGCUAUCAGGCCAGCGUUUUAAAACCAGAAAAAGAGAUGAAAAAGAGAGGUUUGACCCUACUCAGUUUCAAGACUGCAUUAUUCAAGGCUUAACUGAAACUGGUACUGAUUUGGAAGCAGUAGCAAAGUUUCUUGAUGCUUCUGGAGCAAAACUUGAUUACCGACGAUAUGCAGAAACACUCUUUGACAUUCUGGUGGCUGGCGGAAUGCUGGCCCCAGGUGGUACACUGGCAGAUGACAUGAUGCGUACAGAUGUCUGUGUGUUUGCAGCACAAGAAGACCUAGAGACCAUGCAAGCAUUUGCUCAGGUUUUUAACAAGUUAAUCAGGCGCUACAAAUACCUGGAGAAAGGUUUUGAAGAUGAAGUUAAAAAGCUGCUGCUGUUCUUAAAGGGUUUUUCAGAGUCGGAAAGGAACAAGCUGGCUAUGUUGACUGGUGUUCUUCUGGCUAAUGGAACACUUAAUGCAUCCAUUCUUAAUAGCCUUUACAAUGAGAAUUUGGUUAAAGAAGGGGUUUCAGCAGCUUUUGCUGUAAAGCUCUUUAAAUCAUGGAUAAAUGAAAAAGAUAUCAAUGCAGUAGCUGCAAGUCUUCGGAAAGUGAGCAUGGAUAACAGACUGAUGGAACUUUUUCCUGCCAAUAAACAAAGCGUUGAACACUUCACAAAGUAUUUUACUGAGGCAGGCUUGAAAGAGCUUUCAGAAUAUGUUCGGAAUCAGCAAACCAUAGGAGCUCGUAAGGAACUCCAGAAAGAACUUCAAGAACAGAUGUCCCGUGGUGAUCCAUUUAAGGAUAUAAUUUUGUAUGUCAAGGAAGAAAUGAAAAAAAACAACAUCCCAGAACCCGUUGUCAUUGGAAUAGUAUGGUCCAGCGUAAUGAGCACCGUGGAAUGGAACAAAAAAGAGGAGCUUGUAGCAGAGCAAGCCAUCAAGCACUUGAAGCAAUACAGCCCUCUACUUGCUGCCUUUACAACUCAAGGUCAGUCAGAGCUGACUCUGUUACUGAAGAUUCAGGAGUACUGCUAUGACAACAUUCAUUUCAUGAAAGCCUUCCAGAAAAUAGUGGUGCUUUUUUAUAAAGCUGAAGUUCUGAGUGAAGAACCCAUUCUAAAGUGGUAUAAAGAUGCACACGUUGCCAAGGGGAAGAGUGUCUUCCUUGAGCAAAUGAAAAAGUUUGUAGAGUGGCUCAAAAAUGCUGAAGAAGAAUCUGAGUCUGAAGCUGAAGAAGGUGACUGA